CCUCCCGCCUGUCCCCUGGGUGUCAGAAGCUCGCCAUUGGUUAAUCCCGUUGCCAAGCUCCUGAUGCGGCUCGGCCAUUGGAGGCCUCAGACCCGCCCCCGCAGGCUAGGUGAAGGUGAGAGUCUCCUCCAGGAGCCACUCGUAGACCUGACAGAGCACGGAGGGAAAGCUCUCGUCAAAAGUCCUGCCAUGGCUCCUCCGUCCGUCUUUGCCGAGGUUCCACAGGCCCAGCCGGUCCUGGUGUUUAAGCUGACCGCUGACUUCCGGGAGGAUCCAGACCCUCGCAAGGUCAACCUGGGAGUGGGAGCUUAUCGCACCGAUGAUUGCCAGCCGUGGGUUCUGCCAGUAGUGAGGAAGGUGCAGCAGAAGAUAGCUAAUGACAACAGCCUGAACCAUGAGUACCUGCCCAUCCUGGGCCUAGCGGACUUCCGGACCUGUGCUUCUCGGCUUGCACUGGGGGAUGACAGCCCAGCUCUCAAGGAGAAAAGGGUAGGAGCUGUGCAGUCUUUGGGGGGAACAGGUGCACUUAGAAUUGGAGCUGAAUUCUUAGCCCGAUGGUACAAUGGAACAAACAACAAGGACACACCUGUCUACGUGUCUUCACCAACAUGGGAAAAUCAUAAUGGUAUAUUUGCUUCUGCUGGAUUUAAAGACAUUCGUUCCUAUCGCUACUGGGAUGCAGAGAAGAAAGGACUUGACCUUCAAGGUUUCCUGAGUGAUCUGGAGAAUGCCCCUGAGUUCUCCAUCUUUGUUCUCCAUGCUUGUGCGCACAACCCAACUGGAACUGACCCAACUCCGGAGCAGUGGAAGCAGAUCGCCUCCGUCAUGAAGCGCCGGUUUCUGUUCCCCUUCUUUGACUCAGCCUAUCAGGGCUUUGCAUCUGGAGACCUAGAGAGGGACGCCUGGGCAGUUCGCUAUUUUGUGUCUGAAGACUUGGAGCUCUUCUGUGCACAGUCCUUCUCCAAGAACUUCGGACUCUACAAUGAGCGAGUGGGGAAUCUGACUGUGGUGGGAAAAGAAAUGGAUAGCGUCCAGCGGGUCCUUUCCCAGAUGGAGAAGAUUGUGCGGAUUACUUGGUCCAAUCCUCCCGCUCAGGGAGCACGCAUUGUGGCAUGCACCCUUUCCAACCCUGAGCUCUUUAAGGAAUGGACAGGUAAUGUGAAGACGAUGGCUGACCGGAUUCUCACAAUGAGAUCUGAACUCAGAGCACGAUUAGAAGGCCUCAAGACGCCUGGAACCUGGAAUCACAUCACUGAGCAAAUUGGGAUGUUCAGUUUCACUGGGUUAAAUCCUAAGCAGGUUGAAUUUCUGAUCAAUGAGAAACACAUCUAUUUGUUGCCAAGUGGUCGGAUCAACAUGUGUGGCCUAACCACCAAAAAUCUAGACUACGUGGCCACCUCUAUCCAUGAAGCCGUCACCAAAAUCCAGUGAACAACCUCUGUCCACACCAGCGCCACCAAAGCGGUCCUCUGUCAUGCGUGUUCCCGGCCUGCACAAACCUAGUUGUACAUAUCACGUAUUAGGAAGCACGUGAAGGCUGCUCUGGCGAGACUGCCGUGGUUUUUAAAGCUGACCCCCCUCUCCCAAGAAAGCGACCCUUGAAAAGAAAUGGAGGCUGGAGUAGAGCCUUUUUUAGAGGCCAGAGCAAAUGAAAGUUUUUAUUUAAAGAAUAAAGUAUUUUGAUUAAGAGA